AUGGUCAAUCUCGCCACUCUCCAGGUCGGCGGCCUGCGCUACAACUCCCCAUGGACCCAGGUGUCCAUUGUAGGCUUUGUAGCCUUUUGCUCUGUUGGCAUGUUCAGCGCAAUUAGCAACCUGGGUGCUGGUGGAACCCAAGAUGUCCAACUCAGCGAUAUCGCCAACAGUGUCUUGUACGGCAUGUUCUUCCUGGGUGGCUUCUUUGGUGGAAGUAUCAACAAUAUUCUCGGACCUCGAUUGACCAUGUCCAUUGGUACUACAGGCUACGCCUUGUAUCUCGGCUCGCUGUGGUGCUUCCAACUCAAUGGCACGCGAUGGUUUCUCAUCCUCGCUGGAGGUAUAUUGGGCGUCUCGGCCGCUCUCUUCUGGGCAGCUCAAGGUGCCAUCAUGAUGUCGUACCCUCUCGAAAAGGACAAGGGGCGAGCCUUUACCAUCUUCUGGUCGCUUUUCCAAACGGGAACCCUGAUUGGAGCCGCCAUCGCCCUCGGAAUCGAAUUCAAUAGCACCAUGCCUGGUGUUUCUAAUGGAGUCUAUGUCGCCUUUAUGAUCAUCAUGUUGACUGCCAUCGCCACCAGCUGGCUGGUCCUGCCCCCUCAGGCGGUUGUCCGAGGCGAUGGCACCAUUGUGCGGAUCGCAGCCUCUCUCACACCCAAGCAGGAAUUUAUGGAGUUUCUUCGCAUGUUCAAGGACUGGCGCAUGAUUGCCCUCUUCCCCAUGUUCUUCUCUUCCAACUACUUCUACGCAUACCAGGGGGCCAUUACCGCUUUUCUGUUUAAUGGCCGCACACGUGCCUUGGUUGCCCUCCUAACCGGUCUCGGAUCCAUCAUCGGCUCGAUCAUCAUCGGCUUUGUUACCGACAACCUGCCUUUCAACCGACGGAAGCGUGCUCUCUGGUCUUGUGCCUUUGUCACAUUGUUGAUCUGCCUUGUGUGGGCUUCGGGUGUAGCUUUCCAAACCAGAUUUGUCCGAAAACAGGUGUUUGUUGACGACGAAAAAGUUCCCUGGGAUUGGACCGUGGGAGUGGCUGCCGGUCCCAUUGUUUUGCUGUUUGGCUACUAUGUCGUCGAUGCUGCCUACCAAGGCUUGGCAUACUAUACCAUGUCGUCCAUCAGUAACGAUCCUUUCAAGCUUGCUCGUAUGGCUGGAUACUACAAGGGAAUCCAGUCCGCCGGCGCCGCCGUCUCGUUCGGGAUGGAUGCCGUCAUGACCCCAUAUCUUGGUGAAGUUCUCGUCUCGUGGCUCCUGACCAUGGUUGCUCUCCCGCUUUGCGCAUUGGUUCUGUACCAUGUGCCUGACAGCAAUUACGACAUCGAGGGAGUUGCUCACAUCGAAGACGUUGACGCCAAGGACGCUGAAGGAAUCUCUGCGCCGCCGGAUCACCAGCGCAAGGAUAGUACUAGUGCAUGA